UUAUCCAAGCCUAAUUUCACGCCAUUAGAGUAAACUAAUGGAGUUUGCAAAGCUUUUUGCUCAAUGCAUCUUCAACAUGUUCAGGUUACUUAAAAAGAUUAUCUAUAACAUACCAAAGCUAAAAGAUACACCUAUAAUUGCUCACAUAAGUGAUGUUAUACUCUUCUUGUACUAUCAUUAUUGGUGUGGCCUUACUCCUUGUAAAGUUGAUUUAGAUGAUCAAACUACAAUGCACUUUUGGAUCUCCAAUUAUCGUCGCCAUGAUCGCCCUAACCUUGUUCUCAUCCAUGGUUGUGGUGGUGAUGCGCGGUGCCAAUUCGUGCUUCAGAUUGAAUCAUUAGCAAAAUUAUUCAACAUAUACAUGCCAGAUUUACUGUUCUUCGGAAAAUCAUACACCAAGUGCACAAAACGUACGCCUCGUUACCAAGCCAAAUGCAUCAUGAAAGGGCUUAAAAAAGGAUUCGGUGUGGAGAAGUACACAGUAUACUCCAUCAGCUACGGAGGAUGGGUAGGCUAUUCAAUGGCGGAGAUGUAUCCUAACAUUGUGCAAAGGAAUAUCAUGGUUAGCUCUGGCGUAGGAACUACCAUUGAUCAGAAAUUGGCAUUGGUAAGUAAGUUGGACAACAAAGUAGAGGAAUUGGUGAUACCUAAAAACCCUGAUGCAGUUAAAUUGUUGGUAAAAUCAUCUAUAUACAAGUAUGACCUUACAUCUUGGGCCCCACAAAUUAUACUUUGGGACUUCAUCAAGGUAUUCGAGAACAAGAAUAGGAAGGAAAAGGAAGGGCUCGUAAAAUGUUUGAUGUCAAAAGAAAUUGAUUGCAACAUUUCAGCUUUGCCGCAGGAAACCCUUCUUGUAUGGGGAGAUCAGGAUAAGGUUUUCCCUAAAGAAAUCGGCCAUCAACUACAAAGGAUCUUGGGACCAAAAUCAAGGCUAAUAAUACUCAAAGACACAGGGCAUGCAAUUAAUAUUGACUCGCCAAAGGAGCUUAAUGAGUUGAUUAAAUCGUUUAUAUUCGGUCAACUGCAUAAUUAGCUGAAAGUCUAAAUGCUUGGCUCAUUAAAUUGUUCUGGUUAUGAAUGUACUGUC